AUGCUGCAGCCUGAGGGUCCCCGAGCCUUGGAGGAGGGGGCAGCCCCCACAGCCCCUCGGAAUGACUGCAUCAUCUGCUACUCCACCUACGACCUCUCUGCACACCUACCUCGCCGCCUCUACUGCGGCCACACCUUCUGCCAGGCAUGUGUGCGGCGCCUGGACACAGCAGCUCAUGAGCAGCACUGGAUCCCCUGCCCACAGUGCCGCCAGAGCACCCCUACGCCUCGUGGCGGAGUGGCCAUGCUAGAUUUGGACCUGGCUGCCUUCUUGGCAGUUAAGGCUGAGAGAGAGCCAUUGAGAGUGGAACCCCAGUCCCCUGCCCCUCUCAAAGGCAGCACCACUAUUAUUACCCAGCAGCCAACUGGACUCUAUCCCACUUUGGGCCCCCAGCCCCGCUUCCCUCAGUCCGGAUGCUGCUGCUGGGGCAGCCUAUGCUGGUACCCACCUGGCAACCCUGAGGUCUAA